CUGAAAGUUUGCUCUAAUUGGUUAUCGCGUUUUUGUUAAAAGAUGGACACUUCUGUUGUCUGACCUUUCACUUAUUUAAGUAUAUAAUCGCAUUGAUCUGUUUCAUAUUUAAGUGUUACAAAUGCUUUUAGCAUUGUUGAUCGGUAUACGCCAAGGGGAAAUAGUGGCAGUGUACUUCUUUGAUGAAGUGGUCUGACCUAGUUCCUUUACAAGGUGGAAUCGCAAUAUAUUAGGAAAUCUGAUGAGCUUUGAUGGUUUAAGAGCAGAAAACGGGAAUUGUUGACAUAAAAAAAUUAAUUCUGAGAAAGACAACAAGUUUUAGAUACCUGCUACCUGACAUCUGUCACACAAUAACUCGAUAAAAAAAGAAAACAAAACACGCGAUAAAUACAGGACAUCGGAAACGAAAAUAUUAGGGAAAAUGUGUUUGUUUGUUUUUUCUCAGCGUGACUAAUUAUCUGGAUUUAUGAAAUCAGGAUAUUCAGCAACUGACAACAAAACAAAACGUGUGACCGUAUUAUAUUACGGAAAAUAGUGGAACUGAUAUGUCAAAUCCAAAUUUGAAAGGAAAAAAGGGACCAACAGGUUACAACACGUAGAAUGAGUACAAACGGCACAAUGGAUAGUGCGCCGACUUUAACCACUACAGUGUCUCCUGAUGACCUUGAAGACACAUUGGACCAUUAUAACGAAGUACAGGCUCUUCGAUAUUUCCCCGUCUUCGUUUUCCUAGUCAUCGUCAUGGUCGUUGGUGCAGCAGGCAACGCCCUCGUUCUUUACGUUUAUUGUAAACGCUUCAGGAAAACGUCGUCGAAUUAUUUCAUUGUUUCAAUGGCGGUGUUUGAUUUGCUCGCGUGCUUGAUUGGACUUCCUACGGAACUCUAUGAUCUGAGAUUUUCAUAUACGUUUUAUAACUCGGCAGCAUGUAAGAUUUUCAGAUAUACUAAUACUGUCGUUGUUUACGGUUCAGCUAUUAUUCUUGUUCAAAUCGCGUUUGACAGAUACUUUAAGAUUUGCAGGCCAUUGAUGAUGAUUGAACUGUAUAAAAUAAAAGCCAUGUGCAUUUCGGCGGGAGUAAUUGCCGUCCUGAUUUCAAUACCGGCAUUAAUACUUUUCGGAAUAUCCCGUACACCAACUCCGGACAAAAAUUACCAAGGAUAUGAUUGUUCUAUAGAGGAAUCGUACAGGAAGAAAACAUUUUCAAAGGUCUAUUAUUACCUACUUGGUAUUGUUUUUAUCACGACUGUGAUUGUUCUUACGGCCUUAUACAUCCGAAUAUGGAUUGAAAUUAAGCGGAGACAAAAGCUAGUUAUAGGUGACCCAGUCAGAACACCAUCUCAACGCGAGGCUAUUCCAAUGACCCAGUCUAGAGUAUCUGACUCCAAAACCAAAAAACUUCGAGUAAGAUACUGCUCCGAAUACAGUGACGACGACACGCAAGAAAAUGCAUCACGGACUAUUUUCAGACCGAGGCUACAAAGUCUCGCUCAGGCGAUGACGAGAUUUCGCGUGAGCAGAACUACAGUAGUGCUCUUUGCAGUAACUGUAGCAUUUGUUAUUAGCUACAUGCCAGGCUUGAUAAUCAUGAUUUGUAGAUCGGUAGUUAAAGACUUAGAGAGCAAGCAAAGUGUUGCUGAACAAGUACUAAGCAAACUAUUCUCAAAAUUCUACUUCUUGAACAAUGCCAUUAAUCCUAUUAUUUAUAGCUUUUUGAACAUAAGUUUUCGAAGACGCUGUGUCAUAUUGGUGAAACAAUUAAUAUUUUGUCAGCGGACUGAAAUUAUGAGGAGACCUGUGCCAGAUAAAACUGAUUCACAGAAAAGCAACAAAAGCACAAAGAGCAACAAAAGUACAAAGAAUGAAGAGCGAUUUAUCAAGAACAGUUUACCAAUGUGGUUUGAUAUAAAAGUAGCCCAAGUGGACCCGAAAUCUGGCAAUCAACCGAAGUUAACAAUCUAUAUAAGAUAGAAAAAGAACAUAUUAUCACUUUUAUUAUCACUUUUACAUAAAUUGAUAUUAUGAACAAGAAUGUUUGUCAAAAAGCGUACUUUUGUUAUGAUAUGUUUUUGUUAUAAAGUGUAUUCGUUUUUAUCCAAAAAAAGUAUUUUUGUCAAACAGUGUGGUGUUAUUGAGAAAUAUCUUUUUGCCAAAAUGCUAUUUUUACAAGAAUGUUAUAUUUUGUCAAGAUAAGUAUUUUGCAAAUUUGUUAUUUUAUCCUAAAAAAAGUAUUUUGCCAAGAGAGAUAUUUUGUCAGAACGUUUGGUUUUAUUGAGAAAUAUCUUUUUUGCUUUUUUUGUCAGAAGUGUUUUUGUUUGUUUGUUGUUGUUUUUUCUUCCUCAAAAUGGGUAUUUUUUGCCAAGUUCUUGUUUUUUUCGAGAAGUGUAUUUUCCAAAAUUUUGUCAAGAAAUGUAUUUGGCGAAAAAAGUCCGUUAAAAAGGGUAUUUUGGACACCAAUAGGUGGAUUUUGUUUAAAAAAAAAAAAAAAAAAACAGUAACGGAUUUUUGAAUUUUGAAAAAC